GCCAGUCAGGUUUACGGGUGAUGUAAUAUUUAUGCGCGGCGUGCGACUGUAUCCCCGGCAGAAGGAAUAUAAUGUAUCACAACAGCACGCAGAAGAAACACUGGACCUUCCUGAGUGAAGACGAGCCGCUGCGGCGGAGAAUCCAGGCUAAUGUUCGCUAUCGGGCCAGAAUCCGGGCUACAGAGAAGCCUCGACUCUCUGAAAUAUUUAGUCUGGAACCGCAUGAGGAAUUGGCUAUUUGCAAAUACUACGAGAAGAGACUGUUGGAUUUCUGCAAUGCUUUCAAGCCCACGAUGCCAAAAUCUGUUCUGGGAACAGCCUGCAUGUAUUUCAAACGCUUCUACCUCAACAAUUCAGUAAUGGAACAUCACCCAAGAAUAAUAAUGUUGACCUGUGUGUUUUUGGCUUGUAAAGUAGAUGAAUUUAAUGUAUCCAGUAUCCAGUUUGUCGGCAACCUCGGAGAAAACCCACUGGGCCAGGAGAAGAUUCUUGAACAGAUCUUGGAAUAUGAACUGUUACUGAUACAGCAGCUGAAUUUCCACCUUAUAGUGCACAAUCCUUACAGACCUUUUGAAGGGUUUCUAAUUGAUGUAAAGACUCGAUAUCCAAUGCUGGAGAAUCCAGAGGUGUUGAGAAAAUCUGCUGAUGAGUUUCUGAACCGUGUUGCAUUGACUGACGCGUGUUUACUGUUUGCACCAUCAGUCAUAGCUCUCACCGCUAUCUUAUCAACUGCUUCACGAGCAGGAUUAAACAUGGAAAGUUAUUUAACGGAAUGCCUCUCGCUAAAGGACAAUCAAGAAACCAUGUCACAUUUACUUGAUGGAAUGAGACGGCUCAAGAUACUCGUGAGCAAAUAUGAACCUGCCAGACCAGAAGAAGUUGCAGCUUUAAAGAAGCGGCUGGACCAUUGCCAUAGUACUGAAGUAACGUUCAGUGUUCAUGGACGGAAGAGAAAAGGCUAUGAAGAUGAUGGCUAUAUAUCAAAGAAACCUAAGACAGAGGAGGAUGAGUGGACUGACGAAGAUUUUGGAGAUUCUCUAUAGUAUUGUGGGCGCCAUUACACUUUCUAUAAAUCAACUUGCUCCGGCUGCAAUAUGGGAAAUGAACGUUUUAGUAUGUCUUUGUACAUAGUGUGAAACCCUCCUGAAGACUGUUCAUUUGCACUGCUCAGAUGUGGGCUUUCCAAUUGGUCCAGGUUGAACAGGAAUGAGCUCUGCCCAUCAGCACUUCUAAUGACUAUAAUUGGCGACUCCCCAAUGUGGAACAGGAGCUGCAGGAGACUUACUGUAACAUUGACUGUGCUUCUUGGUGGAUCAAUAAACUGAUUCAGAGAACACAAAAGGCUGUUCAAUGCUCCCAUUGUUUUUCAGAAUUGCUCUUUAUAUUUUUAUAAAUGCAUACAACAACUAAUAAAUGUGUAACACAAAC